AUGAAACCACCUCCUCCAUUCCCACAAAAGUUCAAAAGGCAGAAGGAAAUGAAUGCUUUGGGAAUUUCUAAGUAUGUCAAAAAUGUGAAAGACAUCGUGGUGAUUAACUGGAGGCUAAACGAGUAUGAAACAAUUAUUGACAAGGCAAGAAACAAUAUGAGUGGCUACAAUCAUAUUGUGAUUGCUCAUGAGGAUCAAGAUAAGAUAACUCUCACUUAUCAUUGUGGCACAUAUGCUUUCAAUCGUAUGCCAUUUAGACUUUGCAAUGCAUCAGCUACCUUCCAGAGAUGCAUGGUGGCCAUCUUCCAUAAUAUGGUCUUUGCUCAUUAUGAAGAGACAACCUUUCGUGCUAAACUGGGAAAAUGUCAUUUCUUAGCGAGGAAACACUUUGUGCUGGAUCAUAAAGUGUCAAAGCAAGGCCUAGAGGUUGAUCGCGUGAAAGAUGAAGUGCUGAAGGAGAAUUUGAUCGAAGCUCCAAUUCUGAUUGCUCCGAAUUGGGAGAUGCCUUUUGAGUUGAUGUGUGAUGCGAGUGAUGUGGUUGUUGGUGAAGUGCUUGGGCAGAGGAAGGAGAAAGUCUUCCAUUUUGCCUAUUAUUCUAGCAAGACAUUAGACUCUGCUCAAGUGAACUACACUAUGACUAAAAAGGAUAUGCUUGCCUUAGUUUUUUCAUUUUAUAAGUUUAGGUCACAUUUGGUGGGAAUCAAAAUUAUUGUUUAUAAUGACCAUGCAUCUAUUAGGUACCUGUUCAACAAGAAAGAUGCAAAAUCAAAGCUUAUUAGGUGGAUCUUACUAUUGCAAAAAUUUGAUAUAGAGAUUAAGGACAGAAAAGAGUCAGAGAAUCAAAUUGCACACUUAUCAAGAUUGAAGAGUUCGUCUCAUGUGCUAGAUGAAGGAGAAAUUUGUGAAGAGUUUCCUAAUGAACAGUUGCUAGCUUUGAGUAACAUUUUCAUUUUCCAGCUUAGUUUGUAA